UGGGGAAAAUACAAUUUUACACAUUUCACCAAAAUUUGCAACUGUCCACGAACAUGUAAGCUUUCAAUGGACAUUGAAAAUGCAUGGAAUACCCGAACGAAUGAAGAAAAAGUUUAGUGAAGAAAGGAAUGUAGAAGAAAAUAAAAUUAAAUCGACAACUGAUGAGGGAGAGGAGGGAAAGGAAGUGGAAGGUGAAGAUGAAGAAGAGGAUGAUGAAGAUGAAGAGGACGAAGAAGAAAGCCCUUCUAGUGCAGAAAAGGGUUAUGUGGCUAUUUCUCUUUAUUAUUUGGAUGGUCCUGUGAAUAAUAUUUGUUUGAAGGCACAGGUAAAAGAUGUUAUUAUAAGGCAGAUCUCUAUUGAACGACACUCAUUAUUACGAUACUCACAAGAUAAUUCUUUUGGCCGAUGGGCAUUAUUACAUACGGGCACUCGUGAGACACUCUCCCUUUGA